UUCAUCGAGCUGGGCAGUCAGAAAAUGGCCUAUGAAAUUCACGCUUUGUACGACAACUUAAUUUUACAUCUGAAAAUGUUCAAGCAUUCCAGGCUUUCUUAUACCAUUUUGACGAUCUUGUGUUCUCACAUCAUGCUCUUUGACGAGACAUCUUCGGAAACACUGGCUGAUAAUGGUUCGAACUUGAACAUUAUAAAGGUACUCAACACAAGUGAAUUGCUGUGGCUGUACUGGCAAACUUCACCAAAUGACUAUACUGAGACCCUUAAAGAUUUCACAAUCAACGAGACUCUCACUUGUAUCCGCAACAGAAUGACGAAUAUUUCAACAACCGAAUACUAUUUCGAGCAGACAACGGUUCUGGUUGGAAAAGUAUAUGCCGAAUCUGCUGCUCCAGUAAAAAUAACUGACUACUACAAAGGAAUAUUUGUAAAUGACACAAUACCACCUAAAUCAAUGAACGUGUACGACAUUGACCAAACUCCGGACUCACCUAGCACGCUCAUGACCCUUCAGUACACUGAUGAAAAUUUAGCAUGCAGCGUUUUCUUCGUCUUUGGUCUAGACAACAGCCUUGAAGACGAUGUCGGCAGCUGUGUAAUGUAUAUAAGAGACAGCCAUGUAAAAGAUGGUCCUUCAAAUGGCUGCAAAACAUUCUUUCAGAACCGUUGCAAUUCAACUAAGACAUAUCAGCCUUACAGCGAUGACUGCAAAAAGGAAAACAAAGAGGUCAACCAAGAUUAAUACAGCGGUAAUAACUUCCUACUGAAAUUAGCCCUGUGUACCCUUCAGCUUUCAUGCUGUCUGUAAAAUGUUUAGCAGUUUUUAUAACAAUAAAUGUUGCUAUCAGUAAGAAGGCUAUGAAAAAAAAAUGCUGCCUAAGCGAAGCGGAAUCUUUCAAAUAUAAACAAUAAGUAGUGUACCGAGAGACAUUUGCAAUGACUUGAGCCCAAAUAAAGGU